AAGGAGCAGGAUGUGUCCGGAACGUUCUGUGUAGUAAGCAAUAUAUAGAUGUUGUUCAAAAUUCAUCAUCUUCUUGCCGUCAGCUCCGUUUCUGUAGCGAGUCUUUAUUUGUGAUUCGUUUUGAUCUUCUUGGUGUUGGUCGCUCUGCUUCUACGUAAUGUUUUCAUAUUCGGUUCGUUGUUGAGACGACAGUAAGUAUCUACAAUAGAAGAUUGAGUUGGGAGCGAUUCUUCUGGUGGCCGACGUAGGAACAGGAUGGCGGUUUCACGUGGAGGACCGAAUAAAGGCGCAGCUGCGCCGCUUGGUAAAAAAGCGCUGAAAAAGCAGGAAAACGAAGCGAAAAAUGGAACACCAUUACUCAUGACGAAACAGUUCUGGUACUUUAGCUUAUUCCAGCGACGAAAACGAUAUGUGUGCAUGAUGUCUGUCGAGGACAUCGAAAGCAUAUUUGAGUGAAUUUUUCGUAGCAGAAGGAGGACAUCUGAAAGUGAAAAAGAAACUCUUGAAGUUGAAUUUCGUGAAGCUGGUACUUGUACUCAGAUGUAGAUGAGUACCACCAGUGGCAUUUUGGUUUUGAGUUUACUCUCUUACUAUUUGUACCAUACCAUAAUACUGUUCUCACACUAGCUACACUCGCUUGUUCUAAUCUAUCCAGUUGAUGUAAAAACACAUCAUCCGCUGCUCACUGCACAUGAUAUCUUAAUCAAGGUAUGGCUCCGUCGCAAUAUUUCUCAUUUUUGGUGCUGGGAUAAUGCAGUUUGGUAUGCUGAUGAGCGAUUUUAUCGGCAAAGGCGGAAUUUCGGUCGGCGGUGUGCGUUACAUUGACUCGGCGACAGACGACGCGUCAUUGCGGGAAGCAUUCUUCGGAGGUGAACCGCAUGUCUUAUACUGCUUAUGAACCGCAUGCCUUAUACUAUAGAUACCAAUUGAUUAUCUGCUUAGAAGGACAAGUAGUAGACGAAGCAAGUGACUCAUUAUUAUCAUCCAAAGCUGGUCGAUUUGUGCUUCUACUUCUAGUUCUAUGUUGUAAGUAAGACAUUAAUGAAAGCCCUGUAGUAGUACAACUGCGAGAAAGUUAUGUCGUCGAGACCUGGGAUACUGAUACGACCAGAAGUAAGAUCGUGAAGUGAUGAAGGUGGUAAAGAAGAGCUCUAACUUUCAGCGGAAACAAAACGGAGCAUGGCUUGGUUCCGCAGGUCGUUACGGAUAUGGCAAAGAUGAUCCACAAAGAUAAGAAGACCGCAGCGACAAACUUCAUCACCUCGAAUUGCUUCAAUUAUGGCCACUAGACUAAGUUGUAUCAGUGAAUCAGUUAUGGUCAGCUUCAAAUCCAUCUUUCUCGGCAUCUUGGUCCCCGUUUGCCUUGUAUUCUCAUGAAAUAAAGGGGGAAAGGGGUCGAGAUGAGGGGGCCAAGAUGGAGGAAAGCUGAGUCAAAAUCGUAAUCGCGCUGGUUUUGGUUUUGAACUAAAAGAAUUUAAGAAUGAUCUUUUAAGGUUUCGCAACUUCGGUUACUGCUCCUGCUACUACUACAGUUAUAUUUGUUCACAAAUCUUCAUCCUGAUCCUUCUCUUGUGUCAGAUCCUUCUAUGAAGAAGUGUUGUGGGCAGAGGUAGAUCGUUCUAAUUUUUGCCAAUGAAGAGCGGGAAGACAAUCGCGGAACGCUUCAAUUUUGGCAAGAACGAGGGUUUUAUCGCUGUCUUCGCAAACGACGAUCCUCCAGUUCAGCUGAACUACUUGCAGAGCGCAGAAUACGUCGUCAAGCAAAUUAAGCCGCAGUUGAAGACAGGCAUCGUGAAAAUUGUCUACAAGAAGGACUGGGAGAAGAUCAGGAAGAAGAGAUCUUACCUUCUUCUAGGAGCAAAAUCAUCGUACUUUGAUAUAGUGCGCUUCUUGUUGUAUUAGAAGACUCAAUUAUAGCGUUAGUCGAACUCGUACUCGUUGCUUUAACUAUCAUACAUCUGUUCGUUGAAAAUGUUGAAGUCUAUAAUUUGUAGUAUUAUCUACGACUCCUGUCAUCCUCAUCUGGAAAAGUUUGCCUUUUUGUAAAGUACCUCCAAAUAAGAGAGCAAAAAUCAUCAAUACAGCGUGCAAAUUACGAAGAUGCACGAAGUAUACACGCCAGAAUUGAAGACAUAUAGGAAGACCAGAAUAGCAAGCGUCGACACAUCUUUUUGGGAGGUAAAUCAUUUCUAAGAGUAGAGUCCUCCCCCUCUUUCUGCUCGACUACUUGGUUUACGCUUUAUUUGCUACACGUCUUCCACCAAGUUUAUUCUGAUUGAAGACGAAGAAUUACUAUUAUUUUCAAUGGUACUUACAUUCAUAAGCUUUGUUUUGAAACACAAACACCUUUGAACUUUCUCGUCUACUUCUCUUCAAACCUCCUAAUUAAAUUGAACAUGAUCUCUACAACUAGAUAAACACAUCGGAGGAAGUGAAGAGUGUGAUGCCAAAGGAAGACCCGGAUUACGGCUUAGCUAUGUGUGUCGUCAAAGUAGGAAAAGGAGACGGUCUCCCCGAGGAUGACGAGGAGGAGGAUGGUGAAUCUAAAGGUGUUAAAGAAAAAACCGAAGAGGAGAAGCGGGCAGAGGCAAAGAAGGCUUUCAAAGAAAAAGCAGCAAGCGCAGCUGCCGAAAGCGACAAACCAGCGGCUGGAAAAAAGUCAGGAAAGAAGUGGAGAAUAGGAUACCUCAAGGACUGGGAAGGUGCGUCUAUUGCAUGAGUGUUGUUAUCAUUCUUGUAGAUUUUGUUUUUGGUGGGGCUGGAAAAUUUAGUGGUUGUAGUAAUAAAUCACAAUCUACUUCUUGAUCAUCUCCCCAUCCGCUUGGUUCAACUACUUACAACAAUUGUCAUUUUUCAACAGGUGAUGCACCGGGUGAGUUUUUGCGCGCUUGUGGUGCGGGUGGUGACGAGUCUUGGCAGGUUACGGAUAAGAGGCCAGAGGUGCGCGUUAUCCCGUCGAAGCCAAAGGUUGUGAAGCGACCAGGCCGUGGUCGUGGUGGCGCGGCUGCCGACGCUGCGGUUGGUGGCGACGACGAUGGUACCAGAAAGGGUGGUAAGGAGCGCAUUGGCCGAAGAGAAGAGAAGAGUAAGGAGGAGGAAGACGACGAAGACGACGAGCCGGCUCCAGGAGAAGGCGAGGAGGGCGGCGAAGAAGAAGAAGAGAACCUCUUCGGAGAAGAGGAAAACAGUGGAGAAACUGCUGGAGACGAAGUAUAAACGGCUUCUUCUUUUUCUUUGGUACUAGAACGAGACUAAAAGAUGCAAAACUUGAGAUUGAAGAGGACUCCUUCUUGUCAUCAUGUUGUCCAAAAAAAACAAGUUCUUGCUCUUCAACAACACGGCUCAACCGCACAUAAAAGAAACGAGGGUGGGGGCGGUUGUUUUUCUAUUUCAAUACCCGGAGCAAGCAUAAUCCUCCUAGAGCUAGAAGUGUUUUCAGGAGGAUGUCUAACAUUUAAUGUCACCAAUGAUUAUGAACAGAGAAUGCUCAUUACUUCUCAUACUCCUAGAAAUCGGAUUAGAUGUUGAGAUGAAGAUCUUGACAAAAAUGAAGAUCAGGAUCAUUUUCAUACUCGUAAUACUAGCUAGGUAUGGGGCUUCAAAGUUAUAAUUACGAGUUCAACGAUGACGAUCACCUCUGCGUAGUCGUGCCCCACGUCUAUGUAGACUCCCUCCGACAUUGAAUUUUAGCUUGUAGUUGAUCCUCCCAUAAUACGUAAUAUCUUCUACGCCCUUGCUCUGCUCCAUCGAUAUUACGAACACUUCGAUUAGCACGACCACUACGGACCACGUCGCACGAACAUAUGACACGAGGACAAGGGACGACUCCAUUUUUACAUCGAGCAUACGUCAUCCAACUCUCAAGGUGAACCUUGCUUCCCCAUCACCUAUGUAAAAAAAUACUUUGUCCUGGAGGGGUUUGAUUACGCAGACACCAAUCAGGACCAUUCGCGCACCAAUUUGCAUAUUCAACAUACUUAAUUUGUUGUAUCGACACCUGCUCAUGACGUAUUGUAAAGGGUGUCAAGAAAGGCACGAAGCUAAGGCCGUAUAUGCAGGAAGAACAUAAAUGGGUCGAGCUCGAAACGCAAGCCAGUAAACUCACGCAGUAAGAAGAAGGAAAUUCCUUUAUUGAAGUCGAGAGCUAGCAGGCAACAGCAAGAUGAAGAAGGAGUUAACGUUCGGUGCACUUGCGAUCUGAGCAACGAACAGUAUCUUUCUACGAAUAAAGAAUAAGAAUAUUCUAAAAAAAUCCUGCAUUCUGUCUCUGCCUGACCCCAUUGAUCGUAAAAUUGCAAUACUAAAAAAUAC